CGGACGACACCGGGCUGGGGGACGGCCGUGCCAGCCCUCUCGCUUCUCUCUUCCCCUGCCCCCUCUUUGGUCUCCGCCCGGGCCUGAGGAGGAGGUGGCCUACUGGGGAGUGGCAGUGAGCAGCCUGGUGACCCAGCUCGACUGCAGUCCUGUCCCUGGAGCCCUGGCACCUGCCCCCAGGCCCUGGUGGUGUGAAUCCUGCAGGCUUGCAGCCCGGUGCAGUCGGGCCUCUUGGGGUUCUGCUGACGCUCGCGCAAAUCGCAUGCAAAUACACUUGCAAAUUCCGCGCUCGGCUUCAGUGAGUCCGGUGCAGUGAUGGAGGGCCAGCAGAUGUCCAGCCCCGACGUCACUCAACGGCUCCUCUUUCCCCAUGGUGGAAUGGAGCUGAGAGAGGUGACUGCGGGUCUCCUAGGAGAGAUUCGCUGGCAGCUGGGUGAGCAGCUGCGCUGCCUGGAGCUGCAGGGCGAGCUGCGCCGGGAGCUGCUGCAGGAGCUGGCUGAGUUUGCGCGGCGCCGCGCCGAGGUGGAGCUGGAGUACUCUCGGGGCCUGGACAAGCUGGCCGAGCGCCUGGCCACCCGUGGGGGCCGCCUGGGUGGCGGUGGGCGUGAGCUGCAGAGCUUCCGGAAGGAGCCCUCACUCCUGUCGCCUUUGCACUGCUGGGCUGUGUUGCUGCAGCACACGCGACAGCAGAGCCGGGACAGCGCGGCCCUGGGUGAGCUGCUGGGGGGCGCCCUGGCACAGCGGCUGAGCCACAUCGCCGAGGAUGUGGGGCGCAUCAUCAAGAAGAGCAAGGACCUGGGGCAGCAGUUGCAGGAUGAUCUCCUGGAAGUGGUCUCAGAGCUCCAGACGGCCAGGAAGACAUACCAGGCAUACUGCGCCGAGAGCGCCAGCGCAGAGGCCAAGCUCCGGGAAGCCGAGCGGCAGGAGGAGAAGAGGGCGGGCCGGAGUGCCCCCGCCACAUCUGCCACUGUCACCAGCCCAGCCAGCGCUGCCGAGGCUGGGCCACAGCGCAAGAGCUCGGUCAAGAAGGGGGGGCGACUGGUGGAGAAGCGCCAGGCCAAGUUCCUGGAGCACAGACUCAAGUGUACCAAGGCGCGCAAUGAGUACCUGCUCAGCCUGGCCAGCGUCAAUGCGGCAGUCAGCAACUACUACCUGCAUGAUGUCCUGGACCUAAUGGAUUGCUGUGACACGGGCUUCCACCUGGCCCUGGGGCAGGCGCUGCGGAGCUUUGCUGCUGCUGAGAGCCGCAGCCAGGCCUCGCACAUGCAGGGCCUGGGCAGCUUGGAGGAGGCACUGGAGGCCCUGGACCCUCCGGGGGACAAGGCCAAGGUACUUGAGGUGCACGCGGCAGCCUUCUGUCCCCCGCUGCGCUUUGACUACCAGCCCCACGAGGGCGACAAGGUGGCUGAGAUCCAGGUUGAGCUGGAGCUGCGGGACGAGAUUGUGCCCAGGGCGCAGAACAUCCGGAGCCGCCUGGACCAGCAGACCAUCGAGACUGAAGAGGUGAACAAGACGCUGAAGGCAACGCUGCAGGCCCUGCUGGAGUUGGUGGCAUCGGAUGACGGAGACGUGCCUGACUCCUUCCAGACCAGCCCAUCCACGGAGUCCCUCAAGUCCACCGGCUCGGACUCGGGCGGGCGGCAGGCGGGCCGGAAGCGGGGCCAGCAGCAGGAGACAGAGACCUUCUACAUCACGAAGCUGCAGGAGUACCUGAGCGGACGCAGCAUCCUCGCCAAGCUGCAGGCCAAGCACGAGAAGCUGCAGGAGGCCAUAGGGCGAGGCGACAAGGAGCAGCAGGAGACGUCGUGGGCCCAGUACUCACAGAGAAAACUGCAGAAGAGCCGCCAGCCACGCCCCAGCUCGCAGUAUAACCAGAGACUCUUUGGAGGUGACAUGGAGAAGUUCAUCCAGAGCUCAGGCCAGCCCGUGCCCCUGGUGGUAGAGAGCUGCAUCCGCUUCAUCAACCUCAAUGGCCUCCAGCACGAGGGCAUCUUCCGGGUGUCUGGUGCCCAGCCUCGGAUCACAGAGAUCCGUGAUGCCUUUGAGAGAGGGGAGGACCCUCUGGUGGAGGGCUGCACACCCCAUGAUCUGGACUCAGUGGCCGGUGUGCUCAAGCUCUACUUCCGCAGCCUCAAGCCCGCGCUCUUCCCCGAGGACUUGGUGGUGGAGCUGCUGGCCUCUGCAGAGACCGAGGCUGUAGCCGAGCGCGUGCAGCCUGUGGGCCAUCUGCUGGCGCGGCUGUCCAGCCCGGUGCUUGUGGUGCUGCGCUACCUCUUCACUUUCCUCAACCACCUGGCCCAGUAUAGUGACGAGAACAUGAUGGACCCCUACAACCUGGCAGUGUGCUUCGGGCCCACACUGCUGCCUGUGCCCAGCGGUCAGGACCCGGUGGCCCUACAGGGUCGCAUCAACCAGCUGGUGCAGACACUCAUCCUGCAGCCCGCGCAAGUCUUCCCGGCCCUGGCCGUGCUGCCUGGCCCUGUCUACGAGAAGUGCAUGGCACCACCCACUGCUGGCUGCCUGGGGGACGCGCACUUGGACAGCCUCACAGGGGACAUCGAGCCAGAGCUGGAAGGCGCCACCUCGGCCCAGGAGGAUGACCCAGAAAGCACCCUGGAGGCGGUGGCCUGCUUCGGGUACGCAGGCCGCACGGCACAGGAGUUGAGCUUCCAGCGCGGUGACGUGCUGAGGCUGCACGCACGCGCCUCGAGCGACUGGUGGCGUGGGGAGCACGGUGGCAUGUGUGGGCUCAUCCCACACAAGUACAUCACACUGCCUGAGGGGCUGGAACCAGGCACCCCGCCUGAGACCACGGGCCCCUCUGGCCACAGACGACGCUGCUUGGUGCCAACUUCCCUGGAGCAAUAUGUGGAGGUAGAUAAGGCUGUGACACAGAACAUGGACUCGGUGUUCAAGGAGCUUUUGGGAAAGGCCACCAUGCGCCAGGCAACCGCCACUAGCCCUGGGCCGCGCAGCCCGAAGUCCCCAGGUGGCGGUGGCGGUGUGCUUGGCAGGAACAAAGGCUUUGCCCGCGGGCCCUCGGGGCCAGCUUCCCCCUCUGCCUUGAAUCUGCAGGGCCCGGACUCGGCCCCCAAGGCACACUGAGGGAGGGGACCCCGGGGCUGUCCCCUUCUCCUUGGGCCCCUUGCUUCUCCCUUACGCCCCAGCUCUGUCUGGGGCGGGUGGGUGGGUCCUGCAGAACUCAUAAAGCCCUGUGCAUGAUCCCCUGA